UUUGUCAACCCGAAGGCUGAAAUUAGAGUUUCAGAAAUGAUAAAGCCAAUUUAUUAUUUAUAUCGUUAAAACAACUGGUGCCCAUUGCACAGCUGUCAAUUAUAUGAAUUAAAAAUAUAAAGCUAUUAAUGUUAUCUCUAUUCACUACUGGAGAUACUUAAAUACUAAAGUAAUAAUAAAUAAACCUUUACUUUGUGGAGUUGCUAAUCGACCAACUCUUCUGUCACUCAUUUACAUAAUCCAUUAAGACUGAAAACGCCGCGAAAAUGAGAAUUCUUCUUAUAAAAACUGUGUCCAAUACUUUUGGAAGGAGGUUUUUAUCUACUAAAAAUGUUAGACAAGUUACUCAUUGUAUAUUUGAUAUGGAUGGUCUAUUAUUAGAUACAGAACAAGUGUAUAAAAAGAUGAUAACCCAACUAUGUGCUAAUUAUGGCCAUCAAUAUACUGACAAGUUAAUGAUGAAAGUUCUUGGUGGAACAGAACAAAGGCUCUCUGAAAUCCUCUGCAAAGAAUUGAAGCUCCCAAUAACACCUAAAGAAUUUAGAGAUCAAUUAUUAAUUUUAGGAGAUACUAUGUUGGCCAAUGCUCCAUUAAUGGAUGGGGCAGAAAGAUUAAUUCGUCAUUUACACACAUCAAAAGUGCCAUUUGCCUUAGCCACAUCAUCUAGUGCCCGAUCAGUUGACACUAAGAUUGCCAGUUAUAAAGAAUUGUUCAGUUAUUUCAAUCAUAUGGUGAUGGGCAGUACAGAUAGAGAAGUGAAGUUUGGGAAACCACAUCCUGAUAUAUUCUUAGUUGCUGCUGCAAGAUUUCCAGAUAAACCUGAUCCUAGUAAAUGUUUAGUAUUUGAAGACUCUCCUCAUGGUGUGACAGCUGGUAUAUCAGCUGGGAUGCAAGUAGUCAUGGUUCCUGACCCUCACUUAAACAAAAUGUUAACAACACAUGCAACAAUAGUAUUACCAACACUUGCAAAAUUCCAACCUGAAAUAUUUGGGUUGCCCCCUUUCAAGUGAAUUUAAUUUAAGUAGUAUUGCAUGAAAUAGUUUUACAUUUGUGUGACAUUGUCUUCCAUUUUUUAACUAUAGUUUUUGAAUCAUCAAUUAUAUGAAAAUACUUAGGUUCUACUAUACUGGUUGCUUGUCUGUGCCUAAAGUUAAGAUUAUAUUGGUUUUAACCAAUAUCUAUCAGAUAUUUUUAAGUUAUACUACAUGUGAUACUUUGAUGCUUAUUAUUUAAUUGCACAAACCACAAAUAUGAUCAAAGCCCACAUUGAUGCUAUUAUUUGUACAAACCUUUUUAAUGAGUAGUUUACAGAACAAAAUAUAAGAAAUAUGAUAGCAAAACUUAAUACAGAACUAGUGAACAAAAUACAUAGUACAUCUCUAAGAAUUAUAUAUUUUUGAUUAAUUUAUAGUGUUAUUAUUAAAUCAUGAGUUUAAGAAUUUUUGUAUAGCUUUAAUUGUAAAGAAUCUAUUAUGAUUAGGGUUUACACCUGAAUCAUAAUAGAUUAUUUGUUACACUUUGUACAGUUCAUUUCUAUGUAAAAUAUUUAUGUAAGUGCCAGACUUGGUUUAUGACAAAUAAAUGUAGGCUAUGUGUAUA